UCCGGUACGGAUCGUAAAAAUAUUUCGGAAACUAUGGCCGCCAUGCGAUCCGUAAUCGUUUUCAUUAUUUUGCUAAAAGUGCUCCUUAUGAUCUACCUGAUAACUCCUGGUAAAACGGAUUUCGCGGAGGAGCCCUUAUUAAAGGAAGAAAAAUAUUCGGAAAAUCCCACAAAUGAAGAACACUUGAUGGACUUUGUAAACUUCUCAUAUACGAUAGAGCAACCAUCUUGUGGAGUGGAGACCCAAGGAUUAAUCCUCAUCCACACGGCUCCAGAUCACUUUGGAAAGCGUUCAGUGAUAAGAGAAACCUGGGGUAACUUCAGUGCCGACCAAGACUCUCCCCUGCGGUUGAUAUUUGCCCUGGGAGCCGUUCAAAAUGAUUCAUUGCAAACAUCGCUGAUUGAGGAACAGACCCUGUUCGGGGAUCUACUCCAGGGGAACUUUAUGGACACUUAUGUGAAUAUAACGUACAAGCAUGUGAUGGUUCUCAAGUGGUUCAAUUCGCACUGCAACCACGCCAAGUUGCUGAUGAAAAUCGAUGACGACAUAUUUGUGAAUACCAGGCUACUAUUGGAUAAUCUAAUGGAACAAGUGGAAGCCCCUAAAACAAUCCUUUCUUAUACUCUCAGGCGGAAAGAGAAGGUGUUAUUGUGUUCAAAGAAUCCCAAUCCCCGAGUGAUACGAUCCUAUAAAUCCAAGUGGCGCGUGAGUUUCAAAGAAUAUCCCGAUAGUCAUUACCCGGACUUUUGUCCGGGCUUCACGGUAAUUUAUAGCCCAGAUGUGGCCAAGAGGCUGUACGAGGAGGUCCAGCAAUCACCCUACUUUCGACUGGACGACGUCUACAUCACGGGAAUAAUGUCGAAACGUGCGAAUAUCACGAUCACUGACCUCAAGCCCUAUAUCCUGUAUCCCGGAAAGACGAAGAUGAAGUUGAUGAGCGGCGAAGUGCCAGUGUCAGCGAUGGAACUUCUGGUGUCCUGGCACCAAAUCGAAGCCAAGGAGAUGAGAACUCUGUGGACCUUGUUCGCCGGCGGCCAGUAAUCGGAUUCAAGAGCCGAGGCCCCGGGCCUCCUUCAAUCUCCCAGCUCUCCAAUUCAUUGCGAGUCAAGAGCGUUCAAUUUCCUUCGGGGAACUUGCCCUCAUCAAUAUAAAUCACAACAAAGGGCCCUUGGCAACUGGCUUUUGACAUUGUUUACCUCAUCAGUUCGUGGAGUCCCUUACAUCUCCUUGACUGAUGUUCCCAUCCAUUGUUUUUUGGCCAGUCGGAAGCGACUGUUGCCGGCUUGACUUUUGAUGGAUGCGUUGCAGGCAGCUGUUUUUGGCCAACAAUGGAGCCGGAAUAGGGCCAGUGAUGUCCGGACACUCAAGUUCAUAUUUUCGGGGCUAUGAACUUGGCUAAGUGAGGAGUACAUAUCACUCUUAGCCUUCUGUCAGCAUCAACAGAUGUGUUUUUGAUUAAAAUCUCAUAAGGAGCUGUUAUUUUUCAACAAAUAUUUAAGCCUUAAAUUAUUUAAAAACUGAAAAGUUAUGUGGUAUAUAAAAUAUUUCAAAAAUUCAUUGUGCUCGGUAUAUGCGAAUUUUAAUUUAAUUAAAAUCUUACCUAUAGUAUUUAUUAUAAUCGUAAAUUGCAGGACACUGUAAACUUCAAGUUACUCCAAGAUAAACAUACUUCUGCUGAGAAUAAUUAAUGUAAUUUUCAUUAAUGAAUAAAAAGAAAACCCUGAGCUACCUCUUGAAUAGUUACUAGUUUUCAAAAUAAUUUAAUAAUACCCAAAGCACCCAAUAAUUUAAAUGUUUCGUUGUCAAGCCGUGACAUUAAGCUCAAUUUGUGAUUUGUGCUUAUCUCAUUGGCCAUAUCUUGUUCGCAGUUUUCUAUCGCCACACUAAAGUUUCCAUUGAGGUUGGCAAUUUGAAUUGCAAAACGAAAACGAAGCCGACGCUUAUCUACUGGUAUUUAUCUUUGACGGUAGCCGGCUAGGUAAAUAUUGUCCCGGGCAUGAGCACUCGGUUAUCUCACAGUUUGUAUCUGAUUCUGUAUCUAUGUCGUUGUCUGACAUUCCCUGGCCAAAACAGCUGCAGGCCAAAGUGUCAAAAUAUGCACAAUCUGGUGUUGCAUGUAUGCAAAUUAUGUCACUUUAAUACCAGAUUCUUUUUAAUUUUCUUCAGAUAGACAAUCAGAAUGUUGUAAUACCUCAGAGCUAUUAAGAAGAAUAAUCGUAUAAUUAUAAUUUAAAUAUGUAAUAGUAUCAUUUAAUGCUUAAUUCAUUUAUUUGUAAUUAAAACAACAAAGAAAAGAAAACAAUCAAAGGCAAUUGCUUAAGUUAUCUUGAAUAACUGACCCCAAAAAAUAUGAUAUCUUUCACUAAUUAAAUUGAUUGUCACGUAAACAAUGACCUUGCUGUUUUUAUCCAUUCAUGAUAUUUUUAAUUAAGUUUUUAAUCUAAGGCUUUUUGAAAUUUUGAAGAUAAUUUAAGAACCUUAUCAAUUACAUGAAGCCACAAAUUAAAAAUAAACCCACCUUAGGAUGUACUUUUAAUAAGACACAGACAUUUUUACUAGUACUUACUACAUAAUGAAAAAUGUUUUAAAACCGAACAAGAAACUAAAUAAAAUUUAAAACGAGUAUUAAA